GUUUGGAUAUAGAAGUGUGGCGACAAGUCCAAAAGUAAGAAAUCCCGUUCAAAUCAAGAGAGCAACGGUUAUGUGACUGGCUUCAUGACAAACAGCCCAAGCUAUUUUCGCAUAUUUGCAACGCAUUCGGUGUGAUCGGCUCCUUCAGAACGUGGCAUUUUUGAUAUCUUUUCUUUGCGUUUUUCCUUAUUAUCUUGUUGUGUGAAAGGUUGGUUGAGAUUGGAAGCAUGUCGUCUAACCAUGCAGGGGGCAUCUAUAAAAGGUUGGCUGGGUUGACUGUUGUUGGGGCAGCCACAGUCUUUUAAAAAAAACCAACGCGAACCCUUUCGUACUCUGCAAGCCAAGAGUCCACAGUUGAUGGAAAAUAUGCAAGGAGUCCUCCCGAUGCCGACAACACUCCCACACGAGCAACUAGCCCGCCAGCAGCAGUACGUUUGGCGCCCCAUUGUGAGCAGUCCUCUUCCAUGUUAUUCCGCGGUUCCUAUUCCCGACACGUACAUCAUUGACAAACUACGAGGCUUUGGCUGGCGGUAUUUUGGCAACACGCAAUUAGCGGAUUGCUGUCUUUGGAUCUACUCGCCGGAAACAACGUCACCAAUUGAUCAAGACAAAGCAGCAGCGCCAAUAGCCAUUAUCCCCGCUCAUUCCCUAUUUCUCAAAACAAUGUCACCACGACUACGAGACCUUCUCUCCACAGCCGCCAAAGCCAUGUCAGACCCAUAUCAACCCUAUGCAACCAUCAGCACAACACCUCUCCUCAUUCAUCCUCCCAGCCCGGAAGCAUUCCAUGCAGUUUUGCAGUGGAUGUACACUGCAGAUGUAGGCGCAAUCAGAGAGUUUUUCGAAUCACAUGAAAAUGCCCUUGCGUCGGUGAUUGCCAAUGCCGAAUGGUUGGGAUUGAGCGACCGCGAGCUGUUGCAUGUUUGCGAAGGGUGGCAGGGUGAUUUGAAAGCGGGUCGUGUUCAAGUGCGCGUUCAGGAAGCAUCAGAUGAGGAUGGGGAUUUCGAGCAAGAUGAACAUGAUGAUGUUGAUGGUGAUUACGAGGACGAGGAGGAGGAGGAGGAGGAGGAGAGUGAAGUGGAAGAAGCUGAUUAUUUGAAUAUCCCCCAUAUGUAUUGAGAUUUUUGUGCAUGUCUGUAAAAUACCAGAGUUUUAUUUCUGCCUUUGGCGAA